UACUAAAAUAUAAUUUUGAACUUCCGUCGGAUGUUGAAGAUAAGCUGCUUGCUGUUGGUGUAAAAGUGAAAAGAGUGGGACAAGUAGACGAGAAAAGUAGUGGGAGAAAGAAAAAGAGAAAAUAGUCUGAGAGAUUCUCGAGAACGUUUUUCAUCCGCUCGGACGUGGACCCACCGGUAGAGGCAUCCUAUUAUCCUCACCCCAUAAAUAUUAAGUAGCCGAUCGAACGUUCAAACAUUUAUUACAAAGAAUUCACGAGGAGCUGUUGUUGCUUAUAUACGAUGAAAACAGAGUUUACGCGAACAACCGGCUGAAUAAUCGUAUAUGAAACGUGUUUUAGAUAAGAAAGGUCUUGCUCGGAUAAUAAACUUUUAUUUCCUUUUGUUAUUCCAAAGCGUGUAAGGCCAUUAGUGUACCGAAGUUUUGCUCUAUGGUAUAAACAUUGAUAAAAUAAUUUUAGAAAAUUUCCAUUGUGUUAUUAUAUCGUCGAUAUCUUGAAAUUUUUAAUUACAUAAAGGAAUCCAAAAGAAGAGAAAGAAAUAGAAUAAGAUACACGAUGAUUUAUUCAUAGACAUCGUAUGUAUAAAAGCAUAAUUAAUAAAAUCGUCCCUUUCUAUUUUAUCAUCAUCUUUCAUUUCGAUUGGUUCCCACGCGGAGAAUUAAUUAUAAACGCGCGCGCGUGCGCAUGCUUCAACACUGACAAUAUCGACUGCCACAGAACGAGACCGAAAGUGUACUUUAUCACAUCGUGAUCGUCUUUGUUUCUCUUUCGCAUUUUCCCUCUCUCUCUCUCUCUCUCUCUCUCUCUCUCUCUCUCUUUCUCCCUCUCUCUCUUUCAUCUGUAAAGCCAUUUAAUCUCGUGAUGAUAAUAUGAAGAUACAAGGACGAUCAUUAAAGACAAGAUAUAUUAGAGAAGAAACGAAACAUUUGUCUCGUCAUGCAGUUAUAGUUUGAAUAUUAUUAUCAAGCUCGAUUUCUCUUUGGAAAGAAGUGUAAUUAUUGAUUUCGAUCUGUCGAAGAUAAAAAUAGAAAUAAGAAUAACGAGUAUCGAUAUGGUUUGUCAUCUUUCAAGAUAAUCGAGACAACUACGGAAGAAGAAAAUUUCGAAGAUCCGUUUUGGAAGACAUCGUAUAAAUAUACAAUGAUUAAAAAAGUUCGAUAUCUCUUUGCGAUAAUGCUUUGCAUUGCGAAUAUGAUCAUCUACGGUCUCAAGGUCAACAUCGCGACGGCUAUAAUUGGUAUGGUGAAACUUCAGGAAUCCGUGGCAUCAGAUGAGUGUCCUGAAUUUGAGAAUGAAAAUGAAAAGGAGACAACAGAUCUGGAAGGACCAUUUAGUUGGUCGACCACUCAGCAAGGACUCGUUAUUAGUAUAUAUUUCGCAGGAUAUCUCAUUGGAAUGUUUCCAUCGGGAUAUUUCUCCGAUCGAUUUAACACGAAGAAUGUAUUACUGAUUUGCGUAUUAUCCAACGCUAUUCUAACGAUCAUCGUGCCAAUCUGUGCAAGCAUUUUGCCACUCCUCCUAUUCAUCAGAUUUCUAACGGGUGUUAUGAGUGCCGCUAAUCUUCCAAUAGUGAACGUUCUGUUGGGAAAAUGGAUCGUUUAUGAGGAAAAGAGUAUGUGGGUUGGGAUAAUCUACGCUGGAACAUCUCUAGGAACUGUUGUAUCGAUUUUCACAUCCGGCUUAAUUCUGAGAGAUUUAGGAUGGGAGGCUGUCUUUUAUAUUCAUGGUACACUCCCGUUAAUUUGGUGUAUAGUUUUUUAUUAUUUCUUCGAGGAUAGUCCAGAAAAACAAAAAUUCAUAACCGAAGAGGAAAGAUCACUUAUAAUCAGCACGUAUGGUCAUCGAACGCCACAAUCGGCAAAAACGAAAGUCCCUUGGAAACCGAUCUUUACUUCUGUACCAUUUUGGGCACUUAUCUGGACUAAUACUCUUGGAAACUUUUGUUGGUAUUUCUUACUCACUCAAAUGCCACUUUACAUGAAUAAAAUUCUCCGAUAUGAUAUUAAAUCCAACGCGACGAUCACCUGUUCGCCAUAUUUAAUAAACUCUGUUACUAAUCCUCUGCUUGGUAAAUUAUUAGAUUGGGGAAGAAAUAAAGGUAUUUGGUCGCAAACGAGGGCAAGAAAACUUGCCGUUUUCAUAAGUAGUAUUCCACCCUGCAUCUUUCUCAUAGCUAUCAUAUACAUUGGAUGUAAUCGUAUAGUCGCAACGAUACUUUUGGUUUUAAGUAUCAUUAUUGGUGGUGCAAUAUUCGUCGGUCAUCUUUGCAAUCAAAACGAUUUGGCACCGAAUUAUGCCGGUAUUCUUAUGGGAAUAACGAACACACCAGGAACAAUUUCAGCAUUCAUCUUACCAGCCUUGGUUGGCGCUUUAAUGGAAGAAGGACACACGUUUGAACGUUGGAAAUAUGUCUUUUGGAUAACUGUCAUUGCUCAAUUUCUUGGCUUCUUAAUAUUUACCAUAUUCGGUUCCGCAAAAAUUCAACCAUGGAAUUAUCCACAACAAUUAGGAGACACGAAUUUGGAGCAGAUGGGCCAACAUCAAGAAACAAGAUCUUAAACGAACUUUUAUCUAAGUCGAUUAUAAACGAAAUUGAUUGAAAAAGAAAAGGACAAUAAUAUGAGAUUUAUUUACAAAAUAUACGUCGGUGAUUUUAAAAUGUAUACGUUUAUGUAUUCUAAUAUUUUUAUUUACACACAAAGGAAACGAUAAUUUUUA